GAUUUCUCAGAAUUACAAGAUCAGGGGUUUCAUAUUCUCCAAAUUCAGCUCGACUGAAGUCCGUAGCUACCAACUUCUUCAGAUUUCUUUGAUUGAUAACGAUUAAUGGUCCUCCAGAUGCUAUGACAAAGAAAUCAACGUCACAACUUUGCACGACUCUUUGAAGUGGGUCAGAUUCGUCAUUAAUUUGUACACCCAGAUCUUGUGUGAUUUCUGUGAUGCAUAAGACAAUUGGACAACAUGCAUACCAACUGUUUGAAAUAAUGCCUCAUAGAAGAAGCGAGUAGUGCAGUAGUACAUUGGUGUUGGACUAGAAAGAAAUCAAAUACAAAUUGAAGUGUCAUUGUAUAUGCAAGGCUCUCCAGUAAUCACAUAAGACUCAAACUAGUUUUCCCUAAGUUCUAAACAUGCUUGAAGGAUCAAUGAAAGCUUUGAAUUUUCGUUCCCUUAUAAUUUUCUCAGCCUUUCUACGUGUCUUCUUAAUUGUCUAUGGAGAAUGGCAAGAUACUCAUAUGGAAGUUAGGUAUACAGAUGUUGAUUACCUUGUUUUCUCAGAUGCUGCUGCUUUAAUAGUUUCUGGAAAAUCCCCUUACAAAAGAUCCACAUAUCGUUACUCUCCUUUGAUUGCAUUUAUUCUCACACCAAAUUCCUUUAUUCAUCAAUCAUGGGGAAAGUUUCUCUUUGCUGCUUCAGAUUUACUUGUGGGAUACUUUAUACGUAAGAUUCUAAAGCUUCGUGGAGUGCCUGAAAAUUUAUGCAUUUACUCUGUAAUUGUUUGGCUUUUCAACCCUUUCACUUUCACAAUUGGAACACGUGGCAAUUGUGAGCCCAUUGUUUGUGCCAUUAUCUUGUGGGUCAUUAUUUGUCUUAUGAAAGGUAAUCUUUUUCAAGGUGCAAUUUGGUAUGGGCUUGUUGUACACAUGAGAAUCUACCCGAUAAUUUACGCCCUUCCUAUCCUCAUAAUUCUUGAUCCUUCUCUUUUCAAGCCCAAUAAAAAGCCCAUUAUCACAAACUGGAAUUCAAAACACCCCAAAACACAUCUCACUUUGGGCCCCACCAAAUCUUUCAAUCUGUUUUCAAGAUCAAGAAUCUUGUUUUCGCUGACAUCAGCAUCCGUAUUCUUCCUUUUCACGGGAAUAUUCUUUUAUUUAUACGAAUGGGAGUUCUUACAUGAGGCCUUGUUGUACCAUUUAACACGAACGGAUCCUAGACAUAAUUUUUCCAUUUAUUUUUAUCAUAUUUAUUUGAAUUAUGAACGCCAAUUUUCGGUUUUGGAAAAACUCGUCUCCUUUUUGCCUCAGUUGAUGGUGCAGCUUCUUCUGGUGUUCCGCUUCGCGCAUGAUUUUUCCUUCUGUUUCUUUGUUCAAACUGUUGCGUUUGUUGCAUUUAACAAGGUGAUAACAGCUCAGUAUUUUGUGUGGUUCUUCUGUCUGUUGCCAUUGAUACUGCCAUGGACCAAAAUGAAGCUCAAAUGGGAAGGUGUUUUUUGUAUAUCCUUUUGGAUUGGAGCUCAACUUCAUUGGUUGUUUUGGGGUUAUAUGCUUGAGUUCAAGGGCAAACAAGUCUUUUUACAGCUUUGGGCAGCAAGCUUAUUGUUCUUUGCUGCUAACACUUAUGUCAUGAUCACUAUCAUCCUCCGACACACGUAUUCUCCCGUUUUUAACCUCUCACAGAAAACCAAGAGUAUUGAUGGAAUGGUAGAUGAUGGAGACAAUCUUGGUGGCCAACAAAAUGAGCAUGCCCACUUAGAUGAGGACGAUGAAGAUGUUGGCGUCGAAUAUAUGGUGCAUGAUCCCAACGUUGACUGGAAAGAGAUGAGGCCCCGAUUAGGAGACUGUUAUGAAUCCCCUGCUCAACUCAGGCCUAACAUACAACUGAAGAUUGAGGAAUUUAGGAAAUAUAUGAGGUUGUGGACAGUGGUGCCAAGUGGAGGUGAUGUGUUUGAGACAAGGUAUGGCUAUAUAGGAUACAAGGUGGAUUUAGCUACUCACACUUGCACCUGCAACUUGUGGAAGUUGUUUGGCAUACCAUGUGUUCAUGGUCAAGCUGCAAUCAACUUCAUCCACAAAAGAUCCAAUUCAGUUCAUUUCUUCUUGGUUCCACAAGGACAAAUAUGUUGCAACAUAUAUGGAGAACAUACUACAUGUAGGUGGAAACAACUUGUGGUCAAGGGUUGA